AUGCACUCGAUGACAUAUUAUACUCAAGAAGUUAAAGAUAAUUUAUUUACUACAACUCAAAAUACUGGCAUCACUAAAAACGGAAUUCAAAGUACUAAUGUCAUUCAAGGAAGUACGGUUCAAAGUACUUCAAUUAAAUUUGUUAAAAUCGCUUGUGAACUUGAACUCCCAGACCAAGAACUAUCAACAAAUAAUCUCGUUUCAACAAGUGAUCAGUCUAAGAUUAAUGAUAUUCAAGAUUGUAAAAUUUUUCAAGAUACUAUGGUUCAAAACGCUUCAACUACAACAGAUCUAAACGUUACAACUCAAAACGUUGUAAUUAUUAGUACGCUUGAUGCUCUUUCUCUUGACACUUCAAUCACUACUGAUACAGUAUCUGAAACUGUAGAAUCUCUUCGUGCUUAUGAGAAAAGAUCGGGUGAUGCACAGAAGUUUUUAGAUUGUAUGGGAAAUAAUUUUAGAUGGCCCGCUAUGAUGCCUAAUCUCAUUAGAAUUCUGAUCUUUCGAGCUUUUAUUGAUAUUGAUAAUGAUAUCUCCGAAGAUAAUCAAGAAUGCACUGAUGAUGGCAUUCUCAAAGAUGAUCAAGAAUACACGUGUAAUUACAUUUAUCUCUAUAACAGUUUUGAUCAAGGCAUGUUUGGUGGAUAUGAGAAAGACUGGACGCUAGUAUAUAAUCCGAAGGUGAAAAAAUAUGAAUUGGAAAAAUGUACAAAUUAA